AUGUCCUUUUCUAAGGCUUCAUCCUUUGGACCAGCUGGUUCUUUUGCACCUCUCUCCAGACAAAGCAGUAGACCCAGGACAGCAAGGCCAGCCACGACAGCGACAAGCAUUGCAUCCCAGGACAUUGUCUGUGCGGUCAGUGAGUCUCGAGGCAUCUCAUCGACUGUAGGCCUUGCCUUUAUCAACCUGUCUACGGCAGAGGCUGUAUCAUGUCAAAUAUGUGACAGCCAGACCUAUGUCAAGACAAUCACCAAGAUCGCCGUCUUUGAACCCACAGAGAUCCUUUUUAUGAGCACAGCCAAAGACUCUAAACUAUUCUAUAUUAUCCAAGAGAACAUCCCUGAUCCAACUUAUACUUUUCUCGACCGCAGGUCUUGGUCUGAAAAAACCGGCCAUGAAUAUGUUGAUCGUCUCGCUUUCCCAGAGGAUGCUGAAUCCAUCAAGAUGACACUGGGAGGAAAUUACUUUGCUGCGUGUUGCUUUGCUGCCGCCCUCAGAUACGUUGAACUCGAGCUGAACAGAACAUUCGCUUCUCAUUCCCUUCGCAUCAGAUUUGAACCUUCGCAGGGUUCCAUGACCAUUGAUUUAUCCACCAUUGUUUCGCUGGAAUUGAUACAGAAUCUGCAUAAUACCAAGUCUAAAGACAGUCUAUUCGGGCUUUUAAAUGAGACUCUCACGCCUAUGGGUGCCAGACUAUUGAGAGCCAACAUCCUCCAACCUUCCACGGAGCGGGACAAGCUGACAGGGAGAUAUGACGCCGUUGAGGAUCUGUCCACAAAGAAAGAAAUGUUUGUUACUGUCAGGCAAGCUCUCAAAGGUUUUAUCGAUGCAGACAAGGUUUUGACGUCUCUCAUUUUGGUGCCUACCAAACGAACCUUUCAAUAUGUCGAGCAGUCCGUCAACAAUGUCAUAAUGCUCAAAACCUACGUGUCGUCCAUCAAAUCGGUGUACAAAGCACUUGCAACUGCUCAAAGUUCACUUUUGCUCGCAAUCAGAGAGCUAUGCGCUCCUGCGGGUCACCAUGCAGUCGAAGAGCUGAUUGAAACAACUCUCAAUGAACAUGUAGCUCAUCAGACCAAGCCUCUCGACCUGAGGAACCAACGUAUAUACUGUGUCAGAGUAUCUAUCUCUUCCCCUGCCAUAGCUGGUGUAAACAGUCUCCUAGAUGUCGCAAGACAGACUUAUAAAGAAGCAAAUAUAGAUGCCGCAGACCUAGUGUCAAAGCUCUCAGAGUCCCACAAUAUUGUACUGGAUCUGAAAUUUGACACAUCCCGUCAAUACUACAUUAAAAUGUCAACGGCCGACCUCGAGUCUAUACCUGAUAUAUUCAUCAAUGUAUACCACAGAAAGAACCAUAUAGAAUGCCAAACGCUGGACCUCGUCAAACUCAACCAGAAGAUAAUAGAUGCACAUAACGAGGUGAUCAAUAUGAGCGAUCGAACUAUUCAAGAACUGAUUAAGGACGUCUGCUCCGAAAUAUCAGGACUGUUCAGAGUGAGCGAAGCAGUCGCCAUGCUGGACAUGCUGGCUGCUUUCGCUCAACUUGCAACAUGUUAUGACUACAUCCGACCUGAAUUGACAGACGCUCUUGCCAUAAAAUCCGGGCGUCACCCUAUUCGGGAGAAAAUACACACAAACAGAUUCAUUCCCAACGAUGCCUAUGCAACGCAGCAGUCCCGUUUUCAGAUAAUAACAGGCUGCAACAUGAGUGGGAAAUCCACCUACAUACGCUCUCUGGCCCUAAUGACAGUUAUGGCACAGAUUGGAUGUUACAUUCCCGCGGAAUACGCAUCGUUCCCCAUUGCCCAUCAGUUAUUCGCCCGUGUCUGCAUUUCAGACGAUCUAGAAGCGAACGUAUCGACCUUUGCUGCUGAAAUGCGCGAGAUGGCUUUUAUUCUACGUAAUAUUGAACCUCGAAGUAUGGUCAUCGUUGAUGAACUCGGCCGGGGCACUAGUACGACAGAUGGUCUCGCCAUCGCUCUUGCCAUCGCAGAAGCCUUGGUUGAAAGCCACGCACUCGUCUGGUUUGUUACUCACUUCCAUGAUCUAGCCUCUAUCAUGGCCGAGCGUAGCGGCGUGGUAAACCUCCACCUUGCAGCAGAGAUCUCCUCCGACUCAUCAAAAAUGACAAUGCUGUACAAGAUUGCCGAAGGCCCGGUAACCAAUAAAUUCUACGGUAUUGCCUUAGCCAAAUUGGUCGACCUGCCUCCAAACGUACUGGAGGUAGCUCGAAGGGUAUCUGAACGAGUAAACCAGAUCGUGCAGCGUCGACAAAGCAAAUCGAGAGCGUUGGUUAUUUCGCGGAAGCGAAACUUGAUCCUCUCACUUAGGGAACAGCUAUUGCAGGCCCGAAAUAGCACCAUGCAAGAUGAUGCUUUAAGGAAAUGGCUCAAAAAGCUACAAGGCAAUUUCGCGCUUCGCAUGGCUACUAUCGAUGAUGACCUAACGGGGUCUGAGGAUUCCGGUGAUUCGGGGGAUGAAGAACAGGAACUUACUUCUAUUGCGGAAGAAGUAUCGUCAAACUCAUCAGGGUUAGUGGAAGAACGAGAAGAAGUGUCUCGAUACACUACUUCUGUGUCAAGUGGUGAGAGAUCGAUCUUGGAGAUUUCCUCUCAGGAGUCCUCUGAAAUUGAGAGUAUAGAGGAUGACUGAGCUGUAGGUGUAUAUUUUUAUUGCGCUCUGAGUCUAUAGUUUUCCUGUGGCAGUAUAAUUUGUAGACCUGGACCUUUUUAUUUUAUUAUAGAGUUAUGGGGGAGAUAGACUUGUGUUAAGCGUUAUGAUUAUCUACAUUUGCAAUCUCUAAUUCUACAACUGCCAAUUGUCAACAUCCUCAUAUCUCAACCUAAAACUUUUUAUUGAAAAGGUAUAAAACUCUAUCAAACAUCUAUGCUUAGAACCCCCGCUCAAGAUGAACCAAAGAACAAAAUCGCCUUAGCAAAUCAAGAAGAGAAUCCACAUUUAUCCAAAAUGGAACAAUGUUUGCUUUCCUUUCUUGCCUUUUCCUUUUUUCCCUCCACCUCCGCCAAGUUCUGGGAAGUCAUCAGCCUCCG